AUGUCGCUGCGCCGGCACACAUUCCGGGAUGUCUUCCAUAUUACUGAUCAGGCAGUGACAUUGCCAAGGCCGAAUAACGCACCAGACGUAAUCCGCCCGGAGCGCCUUGCCUCCGAAAUGAGAUCGCCUUGGACGGGCGCGGGUGUCUCCUCUGAUCAGGCAGCCCCCCGCCGACCGGCAGAAGCCACCCCCAUCUCUCCGUGGGAUCCCCUUAAUAUUGACACCGUCCCCCUGCCACGAUGGGCUGCGUCCCGCAUGGUCGGCCUUUCCCCUAGAAGAGCUUCUUCUGGCGAUAAUCACGGUCCUGAUCCUAUCUGCGUGCGCACACUGCUCGGGAAGGCGCCACGCGCUUCACAUGCGCUAUUGUGA